GCCACUAUGGAAGCAGAAGAUGAGCACAAUUCAUUUCAAAUUUCUAAUGACUAAUCACUAUCCACUCAACAACAAUGGACGGAAUAAAAUAAUGGAACGAAAACUCUGGUUCAGCUUAUUUUUGGUCAGAGAAGUGUGCUACUUAUUAGCUCAUACUUUCAUUUGAGUUGUCAUUUGAGUUGUUUAGGGCGGGAAGUUUUUUUAAUCGCCUACAUUUGUGUAUUUCUUAAGUUUGGGAGGAUGGAAAUGAGGAUGGGUUUGAAUUUCUGUUGAGAUUUCGGUGGAAAUUUUGUGAUUCAGAAUUAGACGAUGGCAUAUGUUUUCAGUUAACGCAAUUGCCACUAACAUAAUACUAAAUAUGCUUGAAUUCGCACGUGUAUGCUACCUGAGCCAUCCCCAGUUAUACAGUUACAUACGUUAUGUGCAUUAGCUAUGUUUCCAUGCAAGAUGUGCAAAUUGGCCGCCAAUGAGAUUUGCGCAGCCUUUUCGAGUUGCUUGAUUGCAGGAUUGCCUUGAUGCAAAGGUCUAACUGUGAUUUAGGAGGUCUGGUAGCCAGAAUUAGUUGAUGAAUUUUUUAUCGAUCCUAAACAAGCCCAGAUUUAUCUCUGACAGGGUUUGGCGUGCGCUGCACACUCCAGAUUCUUCUUUCACUUCUAUUUAUUCAGAGCGUAGCCGAUACAACACUGCAUUACAUUACAUUGCCAUGCAUCUAUUUUCAUGAACACGAGCCAAAAUCUAUCCAAAUUAAAAUGUUUUUACUGGAAAGCUGAUAAGCAACACCCCCUGCUCUUGCGACGUUUAAAGAUUUAAGGGGAAAGGGGAGACGACCUCAUAUGAGCAGACCUUGUAUCGUUGCCGUGUGAGUUUCUUUUAUAUUGGUAUUGUUAUGAUUUAGCCGAUUAAUAGAGCGAAUGCCAGUAGAUAGCAACUGUGUAGCUAAUACACUAACAAUACAAACUAUGCAAAAAUGAUGUUUCGAGAGUAAUAUGCCGAAUCCCAUUUCCUUAUCCGGGAAUCGUUGGGAUCUACGCCAUUGGCUCCCGGUGUCACAUGGAAUUUUAACUUUGUUCACUUGACAGAAAGUAGGAGGGUUUUACGAAACAGGAAAACGAGUAAAGGGAUAGAAAUAAAUUUUAGUAUAUUUUUGUGUGCAAUUCAAAGAAAUUAAUGGCCAUGAGUUCCUUUUUGAUCAACUCCAACUAUGUGGAUCCGAAGUUUCCACCAUGCGAGGAAUAUUCACAGAAUGAUUACCUACCCAGCCACUCUCCGGACUACUACAGCACUCGUAGGCGAGAGAAUGCUUUUCAGCAUGAGCCGAUGUACCACCAGCGGUCGGGUUGCAGCGACUCGCCUUAUUCCUCGUGUCAGGGUCCCGGGGAGCCCGCGGUGAUGUCUCCAAGGGGUCACGUCCUCUCCUCUGCCGGACUCCCAACCCCUCUUCCCGAGCCAAACCAUCAUUGUGGUUCCGUACCCCCGAGCCCUCCGCCAGUUUGUGUCCAAAACUCCAUCAACCAAACCACGUCUUCGUCCAGUUCAUGCAAACAGCCUGUAGUUUACCCUUGGAUGAAGAAAGUGCACGUAAACAUUGUGAACCCAAAUUACUCAGGGGGGGAACCCAAGCGGUCUCGGACAGCCUACACGAGACAGCAGGUCCUGGAGCUUGAGAAGGAGUUCCACUACAACCGCUAUCUGACCCGUAGGCGUAGAGUGGAGAUCGCACACACUCUCUGUCUUUCUGAGCGCCAAAUCAAAAUAUGGUUUCAGAACCGACGGAUGAAGUGGAAAAAAGACCACAAGCUGCCAAACACCAAAAUCAGGUCCACCGCCUCCUCGGGUACAAAUUCGAGCAGCAGCCAGGUGCUUGGGAACUCUCAGACCCGAACCAGUGGGCCAUCACCAAGCCUAUAGCCUCACCGCCCAUCCAAAUGCACUCGUUAGACUUCAAUUUUUGGAAGGGCGCAUACAUAUCGCAUUUUUCACUUCGUUUAGUGAAGGGAAUUUUAAAUUGUGGGAGAUAAGAGAAAAUUAGAUUUUUUAUUUAUAAAUAAAAGGGGGAGAAGACACAAGUCCAAACAAGCACGGAUAUGCUUUAUGUGUCCCCCUACUUCUUUGUCCCUCUUUCCUCCCUGCUCCUCCUCCAUUAAACAGAAGGCAGCAGACAGUAGUUUUCAGAUUUGGUGAAGAUGGAUCCGUAUUUCAUCUUUAAUCAUGCCAAACUCGGCCCCAUUUGUCAUGUUUACUCUGUGGUACAAAGGAUGAACCGUAGGCCUGCCAUUACCUCGACGUCCAACGUUGUCUUUAAUAAAUGAGCCCCCAUUUCGUCAAGGAGGGGUCUUUUUCACUUCUAAUUCUCCACUAUUUAAACAGUCCAAAAUAAACGAUUGCCUCCACAAAUUAUGUUUUGAACAGGUUUUGGAUUUUUUGACGUUUAGCAUUCAAAACAAAACGAAGCAAAAGACUGUGAUUGCCAUUUGUACUUCGCAUUUUGACUUUUGGACGUUGCUUUAUUUAAACCCUGGAAUGUAUGUAUUAAGACUGGGGUCGGGUGCGGGUGCAGAUUAUUGACACCAAAGUCUGAAACAAUAGCAUUAUUUAGAAAAUAAGUGUUCAAUAGCCAAAUUCCGUGAAGAACAAUGCAUUUUAUAAGCAGCACUAAGUAAUAUAUUUAAUUACCUCAGUUGUGAUAUUUGUCUUCAUUUAUGGUCGAUUGGAUGACUUUGUUUUAUGAUUUGUCUUGCAACUUUCAGUUCUUAUGCAUUUUUAUUUAAUCAAUACAUGUUUGUCCGGGAUUUAAAAGAGCAAUGUGCGUAUCUGCAUAACUGAAGCAUGUGUGCUUUAUUUUCUCCCUGUCCUUCCAUUAUUUCAACACAUAGGCACACGUUCUCUCCCUUAUUUCUCACUUUUGACUGUUUCUUUUUUUAAUCCCUCGUUACAUUCCAGUCCAGCCGCUACAUAAUAAAUGUAAUUUUUGUCUUCUCUAUUUGUAGGUCGUUGUUUUCAUCUUGUUCUCUGUGUAUCUGCACAUUAAUAUUUGUAAAUAGUUAUAGAAAUGAAUAAAAAGAAAGAAAGAAGAAAAUAAUUCUUAUUCCCUCCGCGUGUCCUUUCUUCUGUCCGUCCGCACGUGCAGUAGUAAUGAGGCUAUUCCGGAGUUGUUGCACUAAUGGUAAACAAUUUAUUAUGCAAACAAGAAUUUUGUUCCCCCUUUCAUAACAAAAUUCGUUUACUCUGACUGUAUACCUUAAAUACCGCUGCCUCUGUUUAAUGAUUUAUAUUUUAUGGACAAUAAUAAUCCUGGUACAUUAGGUCUUGUAAUCUCGUUUUAUUCCACGCUCCCCCUAUUUAACGGUGCUUGCUCCUACAGUGUAGUGAUGAUGAGAAAAGAGUGCAGGGGGGGGGGGGGAAUUCUUGAAGUUUAAUAGUUGUGAAGGGCUUUUAGCACAUUAAUGACUAUAAUUUUUGCACAGCUGUUUCUUCGUGUUUGCAGGUUUAGUGUGUAUUUUUAUUCUACGAAAGACCGGUGCCAUAGCUCAAACCCUGACAACCAAAUAGAUAAUCAAGAAGACAAAUGGCUUCUUUUGUAAGGUGCAGUUCUUGUAUUAAUUUUCAUUUCUUUCUUAGAACAAGUAUCGAAAAUAUAUAACAAGAGAAAAUAUCAUUCCAGUUGCAGAAUGAAACUUUAAACAGAAAUACAGUCCAAAUUGGUCGGCAAGAAUUCCACGGCGUAGAGAUUUUCUAUUACUCCAUGGUUGCUGAAAUCACUGAAAACCGAUGCUCUGUUCAUUUGUUGGCUCCUCUCUGCUUUUUAUGAGGUGCACUGAGAAACAAUAUAGGCCUACCACAAGCCUCAUAAGCUCCAAUGUGGUAUACACAUAAACACUAUAUACUAGCAAAGGUGAAUCAGGCUCAUAAAUGUUGGUUUACUUAAAAAAGAUUGAUAAAACCCAUUGGAGUUUUUAUUUUGACAAAAUGUAGUAUUGGACAUGUAAAAAAAGAACGAACAUACGUAUGUUGCCUUUGGAUACUACUUAUGAGUAGCCAGGUGAAAAACUUGACUUUUAUUAUUAUAUAAUUCAAAGUGUCCGGAACAGCAUGUUUGUAUAAAUGAUUUCAGCUACGAGGAUUUGCGCUCACGAAACCACACAAGCAGACCGCAAUCACAGCUUGUGAAA